AUGUUUUGUGCGCGUUAUUUGAUAUCAAUAUUGUUCGUUACGGCCUGCGUAUAUUCAACCAAACAAGGAGACCUUUCAUCGGGGAAAGAUGUCGAAGUAACAAUCAACAAUAACACUGAGGACGUAUCGAAAUCGAAUGGAAAAAAAGAAACUGUUGAUAUAGGACCUACUGAUUCAUUGCACAGAAAUGAAUCCUUCAUGCCAAUUCCACCUAUCCAUCUACCACUACUAAAUCUACCACUGUUAGUCCAUCUACCACUACUAAAUCUACCACUGUUAGUCCAUCUACCACUACUAAAUCUACCACUGUUAGUCCAUCUACCACUACUAAUCCAUCUACCACUGUUAAACCUAACUCUACCACGGUUAAUCCCAAUUCUACCACUACAGUUAAUCCAACACCAGUUCCAAGUUCUACGGCGAAACCUUCUCCCGACCCGGAACCUUCUAGGAAGUUCGAUGGUCCCAGUUUCGUGGGGGGCAUAGUGCUCGCCUUGGGCCUGGUGGGCAUCGGCUUCGUGGCUUUUAAAUUCUACAAGGCCCGCCUGGAAGUCAAUUAUCACACUCUCUAACCCCAU